UCAGAUGCAUUCACUGUUGCUGCGGUUUGUAGAAGGGGGCCAUUAUUUUAUGCAUUCCCUUCGUAGCGCAGUCAAGUGGAAAAAAGGAUUCCUCAACUUUUUCAGCAGUUAAAAUGGGAAGGGAUGCAUACGCGUUAUUAUCUGGAUAAGAGCAAGCGUAGCAUGCUAUUCGAAGGAAAUUUGUGAAGUAACAUGGAUUAGUCGUAUCAACAUUUUAAGAAUAGUUUGAGGAAUUUUGCACAUUAUCCGCUCUUCAUCAAAUUUAAGGAAAUACCCGAGCAGGGACGUCAACGGAGCAGCGGUGUAGUAGUUUCUCUGUGAAGUUUAAUUGAAAGAGUGGCUGGGGCUAAGCGACGUGGACCAGCGCCUCUACGCGUUGGAGCGCCUGGAGGAACUGGUGACGCUACAGGACGAGGAGGAGACCCCCAUCUCGGUACCUGUCCCCCCAGCAGCAGCAUGAGCAGUAGAGCCCAGUGAGAGCAGCCACACAGUUGGUUCUGAAGAGGGGGAGUCAAAGAAAGGAGAAGAUUUGGGGGAAGAGCGGCAGGAAAUAGCAGUCGAAAUGUUUCGGAAAAAAGCUUCAUCCUCCUUGAGAAUGAGAAGAAUAUCAGAAAGCAAUAGAUGGAACAUCGAUCGCGGGCGCAGCUCAUCCUUCCAUGAGGUGCGUGGUCUUCGGGAAGCUGAGAUGAGGCCGGUGGCCGACGAAACGUCCAGCAGCAGCAGCGGCAGCAGCAACACCGUCCUACAGCGACUCCUACAGGAGCAGAUGCGCUAUGGUGAGGGACGCAACUACCAGCUGGCCAUGCAGCAACAGCAGCAACAACAACAACAGCAGCAGAGGCAGCAGCAGGAGGGAGGGGUGAGCGGGGGAUACCCGGGCCAGGGAGGCCCCAACGACGACCGGCACGACUCUAUGGUGCCCCACAUCGCCAGACAGGAGCCUCAGGGACAGGAGCUGCAGGCAGACAGUGGCAUGGAGAAGCUGGGCUCCCGCGGUGGGGGUAGUAGUGGAGGAGGAGGAAUGAGUGGUGGUGCAGGAGGGAGCGGCCAGGGUCCCAACCCUGAGGACUUACCCACCUACGAGGAGGCCAAGGUGCAGUCACAGUAUUUCCGGGGCCACCCGCACCACCAGCAACAGCAACAUCAACAACACCAACAUCAACAACAACAACAGUUGCCUCCGUCGGUGGGCGCGGCAUUUUACGUGACGGCCGCAACCAACAACGGCAAGGUGCGUACGGAGGGGCGUCCCACGGUGCAGCGGCUUAGCACCGGGGGCAAAGUGCAUCAGGACGACGGGCUCAAGGACCUGAAGCAGGGCCACGUGCGUUCCCUCUCCGAGCGCCUCAUGCAGCUCUCGCUGGCCACCAGCGGGGUCAAGGCCCACGCCCCCAUCACCAGCGCCCCCCUUUCCCCCCAGCUUCCCCCUCCCGGUCCCCCGGGGGACUACUACAAGCCUUCGGGCCAGCACCGGGGCCCCCCACCUGACUACCCCUUCAAGAACAUGGGCUCCCCUUCCAAACAGCAGCCGCAGCAUCAGGAGCAAGGUGGGCACUAUUACCAGGAACAUCGGCCCAGGGAGCAGGGCAGGAACGAGGUGCCACACGUCCGCUACCAGCCUCCGCCAGAGUACGGCUCCUUCAGAUCCAAUAAGGAGAGCUCGGUCCACUCCCAGAGAUCUGUCCAUCACCACAGCCCCACCUCCUCUGUCACCUCUGUGGGCUCUCUGUCCAGAGCCCAGUCCUCCACCCUCAGUAGUCUCCUCAGUACCUCUCACCCCUCCCACACACCCCCCCACCCACAAGGGGAUCCCUACGCCUCCAUGGGCCCCCGCAGCCCCCAGGGCCCUGGAUCACACCAGGGAGACCCGUACUGCCCUGGGCCCAUUCACCCUCCACUUCAGAGGGGCCACGCCUUCCCACACGACCCCUACGGCUCCACCUCCAGGAUGCACCACCAGCAGCAGCAGCACCACCAAUUUCAACAACAACAACAGCAGCAACAACAACAACAGCAGCAGCAACAACAGCAGCAGCAACAGCAACAACAACAACUCCAGCACCAACAGUACCACUCCCAGUCAUCCCAGGGCCACCCUCCCCAGCACUACCCCCACCCCCAGGGGGACCCCUUCACCAUGAUGGCACGCGCCCAGCAGAUGGUGGACAUGCUGUCGGAAGAGAACAGGCUGCUCAAGCAGGAGAUGGUGGUGUGCUCCGAUAAGGUCAACAAGCUGCGGAAGUUGGAGACAGAGAUCACGUUGGUGUCUGAGGCCUACGAAAACCUGGCCAAGUCAUCCACUAAAAGGGAGGCUCUGGAGAAGACCAUGAGGAACAAGCUGGAGCUGGAGGUGCGCAGGCUGCACGACUUCAACAGGGACCUCAGAGAGCGAAUGGAAACUGCCAACAAGCAGCUAGCUGCUAAGGAGUGUGAGGGAUCGGAAGACAACCGCAAGACCAUCUCUCAGCUACUCACCCAGAACAAAGAGACGGUGCGUGAGAAGGAGAAGCUGGAGAUAGAGCUGAACGCCCUGCGCUCCACCACGGACGACCAGAGACGACACAUCGAGAUCAGAGAUCAGGCUCUCAACAACGCCCAGGCCAAAGUAGUCAAACUAGAGGAAGAGCUGAAGAAGAAGCAGGUGUAUGUGGAGAAGGUGGAGCGCAUGCAGCAGGCUCUGGCCCAGCUCCAGGCUGCCUGUGAGAAGAGAGAGCAGCUGGAGCACCGCUUACGCACGCGGCUGGAAAGGGAGCUGGAGUCACUGCGCAUGCAGCAGAGACAAGGGGGCUCCCAGAGCAGCAGCAGUGGUCAGGAGUACAGUGCCACGGCCCUGAUGGAGCACCUGAGGGAGAAGGAGGAGAGAAUCCUGGCCCUGGAGGCAGACAUGACCAAGUGGGAGCAGAAAUACCUGGAGGAGAGCGUCAUGAGGCAGUUUGCCCUGGACGCCGCCGCCUCUGUCGCCACCCAGAGGGACACGUUGUCGUCGGUGAUAAGCCACUCCCCCAGCAGCAGCUAUGAGCAGCAGCUGUCAGUGGAGGCUCGUAUCCAGAAGGAGGAGGAGGAGAUCCUCAUGGCCAACCGCCGCUGUCUAGACAUGGAGAGCAGGAUCAAGAACCUGCACGCCCAGAUCAUUGAGAAGGAUGCCAUGAUCAAGGUGCUCCACCAGCGUUCCAGGAAGGAUCCCAGCAAGGACCGGGACGCCCAGGCCAUCAUGCGGCCCUCCAAAUCCCUGAUGUCCAUCGCCAAUACGGGUGGCUCUGGCCUGCUCUCCCACAGCCUUGGCCUCAGCAGCUCGCCCAUCACAGAGGAGCGCAAGGACAGCAGCUGGAAGGGCAGCUUGGGAGUUCUGUUGGGUCCAGAGUACCGUACUGACUCUCUGAGGGCAGAGUCCAUCUCGUCAUCUCCCUCCCCGGUCCUGCCCCUGACAGCGGGCCACUCUAAGACAGGCAGCAGGGACAGCUGCACCCAGACAGACAAGGGUCAGGGUCAGGAGGCUAGCAGCAAGCCCAGCACCCCAGCCCUGCAGAGCAUGACCCUGCCAAGCCGACUCUCCAGCCCCAGCCCUGUUUACAUACCAGACCGCAUCGCAGAUGUGCCUGUGUUCCAUAGCAGUACCCUGGAGAGGCGCGCCCCUGUGCAGUCCCACCCCCAGCCCCCAUCAGCCUCUCAACAGGAGGUGGACAACGACAUGGUGGAGGUCCUCAUCUGAACCUCAACUCCUGACCUCUGAACCGUGGCCUCUAUACAGUGAGGGAAAAAAGUAUUUGAUCCCCUGCUGAUUUUGUAAGUUUGCC